AUGUUCUCUUUCAGGUAUACGGAUAGAAGUGGACAUGAAAGUGACAAGGGGAACCAAAUUAUUGAAGUAAAUGAACAUUCUGGAUAUAGAUAUAGUGAGUCACAAUUCAUAGACCCAGACAGAGAAUCAUCAAGAAAUUCAUCUGAUUAUGAUCGAAUCGAGAGAAGCACUUUUCCUACUAAAACACUUUCCACUAAUUCUCAACAGAACUCGACUAAAACCCUUCCUUCUGCAAAGUUUCAACAGAACUCGAGAACCAAGCUUCGAAGGUCUCAGUCGCUUUUAGAUGGAAACAGACGAUUUGAUAGAUACUCUGACGAUUAUAACCACUUAGAUUUUUAUAGAAAGUCUACCAUUCCUAAAAGACCUGUGACCGAUGAAAACUACAACAAAUUGAAAGCAAUGACAUCACAUCCUUACAAAAACCUCAAGCUUGGAGAAUAUAAAGAAAGGGAUAGCUAUAUUUCACUUGGUAUUGACGAAACUUUGCUGGUUUCAGGGUCAGACUUCAUGAACAUAAAUACGAAAGAUAUGCAAAAGGGACACAGUUCUACAACAAAUAAAAAGGAAGCCAGCAGUGAUAAUGUUCAAUCUGACGCAUACAUUGCAACAGACCACACAGUGGAUGAGAUUUGUUCAAACACUAGUUUGCUUAACAUGAAAUGUGACUCACUUGAUUCCACAGAUGUUGAUAUGAAUUCAAAUUGAAAAAAAUAUAAGAUAUUUCACAAUAA